GACUUCCCCUGAGCACUGGCAGGAAAGGGCCUAAGCACUCGCAACCAAAGGCAGAACAGCAGGUCCAGGCUUCUUGCAGCCAACUUCAGAGCCCAUUACCAGGAAAGGUAAGCAUGGGAGGACGGAAGAUGGCAAGAGAUGAAGAAAGUGUCUAUGGGCCAGCGGAGGACAGCCAGGCGCCGCAGGAGCCCAGGCUGAGGCUCGUCCUGGUGGGGAGGACGGGCGCGGGGAAGAGCGCCACCGGGAACAGCAUCCUGGGCCGGAGGUGGUUCCUCUCCAGGCUCGCAGCCACGUCUGUGACCAGAGCCUGCGCCGUGGGGAGCCGGAGGUGGGACAAGUGGCUCGUGGAAGUCGUCGACACGCCGGACAUUUUCAAUUCCGAAAGGCCCGAGGCAGAGCCGGGGUUCCAGGAGAGAGGUCGCUGCUACGUGCUCUCGGCCCCCGGGCCCCACGUGCUGCUGCUGGUGACCCAGCUGGGCCGGUUCACCGCCCAGGACCAGCAGGCUGUGAGGACGCUGAGGGCCAUGUUCGGGGAGGACGUCCUGGAGCGGACGGUCGUCGUCUUCACCAGGAAGGAGGACCUGGCCGGGGACUCUCUGCAGGAGUAUGUGCGCUGCACGGAGAACCGCGCCCUGCGGGAGCUGGUGGCCACGUGCGGGGGCCGCGUCUGUGCCUUCGACAACCGAGCCACCGGCCUGGAGCAGGAGGCGCAGGCGAAGGAGCUGCUGCGGCUGGUGGGGGCCCUGGUCAGGGAGAACCGGGGCGCCCACUACACCAACGAGGUGUACGUCUGGGACCAGUCCCAGCACUGGUCGUCCCACGAGGAGCGGCUCCGGAGGGUGGCAGAGCAGGUGGCUGCCCGCAUGCGGCGGCCCUGGGGGGCCUGGCUGCUGGCCGGGCUGUGGGGGUGGCAGAAGUCCCACCGGAGGGGCUGGAGGCUCCGCGUGGCCGUGCUGCUGGGGGGCGCGCUCCUGCUCCUGCUGCUGCUCUGCAGGCGCGCGUCUGAGAACUCAGCUGAGGUCGGACCUGGCUGACAGAGCAUGCAGGUCUUAAAAACUGCAGGUAACUGGGCAAGAAAGGAACUAAAUUCUUGGAGCUGAAGGGAAAAAUUAAAAGGUUAUUCCAAAGGAAUUCUGUAGUUCCAGACACAGUUUUAAUGGUGCAGAACACUGAACUGCACCAACUUUGCAACUUUGAAAAUCCUCAAAGUUCAUUUUAUAAGUUUUUAAGUCUCACUUUUAACUAUAUGUAUGCAGAGUUUUACAAUAAAUUUGUCUAACUUAAAAACUUCCUUCAAUGUUUUCGUAUUCUUGGUCCCUCUUUCCUCUCAUGAAGGAUAGUGAAAUGGCUAAUAGCUUCAAAUUCAUGGCACAGGGAAAAUAAACACUUUUAUUUUGAA